AUGUCGUUCUCUUGUGGGGAACAUUUGGAAGCGGUACGGAAAGAAAUGACGGUGUUAGCGAAUCAGCUGCAAAUGAGCAAGCAAGAGGUGGAAAAAGUGAAAAUGAUGGAAAUUGUGAAAAACCAAGAAGCCACAAAGCGUUUACAUCAUAUCAUAUCGAGUUACAUGCCUAUGCUACCGCCAGAAUAUCAGGAAAUAGUAUUUUACAGAAAUCCUAUGAUGAUGGCUACAAUGGGAAUGGCAGCACUUCCCGGAGGAGCCACGGCUUCCCCACGUAUGACGAAACCUGGCGGUGUGCCCAAUGGUGCACAAAGUGGAAUGUCGGCUAGCAUGGCAAACGGUAUGGCGGCAGCAGCAGCUGCUGCGGCUGCUGGAAUGACCGGCAUGCCUCCAGCGAUGGCCGCUGCAAUGCAUAUGCCUCCUCAACAAGCUGCUAUGUUACAGGCGCAAAUGAUGAUGGCAGCUGGUAUGGGUAUGGCAAUGCCCGGAAUGCCUAUGCCGACAGGAAUGGGUAUGCCACAUGCUAUGAACGGUAUGGUUCCACAGAUGUUACCUCCAAUGAGUGUCGCAUCUGGAACCGCAUUCCCGAAUCUUACGCCGCAGAUGAACGCGGCCGUCUCCAUCCCAUCUCGAAAUCCGUCAAAUGGUGCUCUAAGCGCCGCCCAUGUUUCGGCGACAAAUUCGCCACGACCGGCCGAACCUCUAACUCCGCAAACCAGCGUUGCGGCUGCUAUUCCCGUAUCAGGUAAUCUAAAAGACGAACGUCUGCAGCCUUCCCCAGCAAAACCUGCUGAGGAGAAUGUGUCGGUUACUUCGUAA